GUUUAUCAGGCAGAACAGAGAAAGCGUCAUCCAUAUACAAAAAUAAUAGUUCAGAAAAUGCUGGCAACAAAACAAAUCACGGAGAGAGCUCCAAACGCGUCUGACUCCCAUCAACUUCAACUCUGCUCGCGGUUUAGGGUAGCCGAUGGCGGUAGCAGCAGCCCUAGCUUCACCGUGCAUCUUCUGCCAGAUCGCCGGAAAAUCCACCUCGACCACUCUCCUCCACACUGAUGAAAAGGUCGUUGCUUUUCAAGACGUCAACCCUGCUGCUGUAAGGCAUUACUUGGUUAUUCCUGUGGAUCACAUUCCAACUGUUAAGGAUCUUCAGAGGAAACCUGAAGACUACUCUUUGGUAAGUCACAUGUUAGAAGUGGGGAAAACGCUAAUACAACGAGAUGCACCGCAAUGCCAUCAGUACAGAUUUGGAUUUCAUCAGCCUCCAUUCAACUCCGUUAACCAUCUUCACCUACAUUGUUUUGCACUACCCUACACACCCAGAUGGAAGUGUAUAAAGUAUUUGUCUGCGGGAUCAAUUGGAUUUGUUGAAGCUGAAAAGCUGUUGGGCAAGAUCAAGCCUUUGCCACCAGGUAUUUCAAAAGUUUGAUGCGCGUUGUAAUUAGUAGUUGAAACUUGAACACAACUGCGUUGGCUUUCUGUAAUAAGCGAGUCAACUUUGUAACACAACUGAAAAAAGGUAUAGAUUAUCUUUCAGCGUUCUGACGAAUUAUGUAUUGUCGGUUGUUCUUAUUCUUAUAGUCUGCAUUUCCUCA